GCGCCCGUCGAGCCGCGGCCCGGGGCGACGCGCCCGUCGAGCCGCGCGCCACUGAAAACGCACCACCGAAGACCAUGUCGUCCGUCGCGCCCGGCCAGGCGUUGAGCCGGGCCCUGCCGACGCCGGCGCGCGAGUACGUCGUGUGGAAGGACGAGGACAAGCGGAAGAAGAGCGCCCCCGGUACGGCGCGGACGACGGCGAAGAUCCCGGGCUACGGGUCGCGGCGGGGCUUCGUGCCGCGGUCGCUCGGCGACUUCGGCGACGGCGGCGCGUACCCCGAGGUCCACGUCGCGCAGUACCCCCUGGGCAUGGGCACGAAGGAGGAGGCGCGGUCGUCGUCGACGGCCGUCGUCGCCCUCGAGGUCGGCGAGGACGGCGCCGUCAAGUACGACGCGAUCGUGAAGCAGGGCGAGAACAAGGGGCGGAUCGUGCAGACGUCGCUCGAGGACGUCAAGGAGAAGGAGGGCGCGGAGGACGCGCUCGCGCUGCCGAGCGCCGAGGCCGAGGCGGCGGCCGCCCAGCGCACGCAGGCGGCCCUGGGCGCGAUCCUCGACGGCAAGAUCAACUCGGCGAAGCCGACGCACGUGCCCGAGGCGUGCGACCCGAACCGGCAGAAGGCGACGUUCGUGCGCUACACGCCGAACCCGAGCGCGCCGGGCUACAGCGCGUCGGCCUCCCAGCGCAUCGUCAAGCUCGUCGACCAGCAGGUCGACCCCAUGGCGCCGCCGAAGCACAAGCACACGAAGAUCCCGCGCGGCCCGCCGAGCCCGCCGGUGCCCGUGCCGGUGCCCGUGCUCCACUCGCCGCCGCGCAAGGUCACGGUCCACGACCAGCAGUCCUGGAAGAUCCCGCCCUGCGUGUCCAACUGGAAGAACGCGCGGGGCUACACCAUCCCCCUCGACAAGCGCCUCGCCGCGGACGGCCGCGGCCUCCAGGAGCAGACGGUGAACAACGACUUCGCGACGCUGGCGGAGGCGCUCUACAUCGCCGAGCGGUCCGCGCGCGACGACGUGCGCGCGCGCGCGCAGAUCCGCAACUCGAACGCGCUCCGGGAGAAGGAGGCCCAGGAGGCGCGGCUCCGCGACCUCGCGGCGUCCGCGCGCGACGAGCGGGCCAAGCUCGCGGACCGGCGCGGCGGCGCCGCGGCGCCGCGGCCGCGCGACGACGGCGCCGCGGCCUUCUUCGGCGACGACGGCGACGAGCUGCUCGGCGGCGGCGCCGACGAGGACCCGGCCGUCGCCGCGGGCCGCGCGGAGCGCGAGCAGGUCCGCGUCGAGCGGAAGCGCGACCGCGAGCGGCAGAUGCGCCUCGACAACGCCAAGGGCGACAUGAAGCGGAGCCGCCUCGAGCGCGAGCGCGACCGCGACGUCUCCGAGAAGGUCGCGCUGGGGCUGCUCAAGGGCACGGCGAAGCUCGCGGGCGAGGCGCAGUUCGACAAGCGGCUCUUCAACCAGUCCUCGGGCAUGGACAGCGGCUUCGGCGACGACGGCGACUACAACGUCUACUCGAAGCCCCUGCUCGACCGCGAGGACGCGACGGCCAUCUACCGCCCGCGCGAGGCCGACGCGGGCAAGUACGGCGACGGCGACGCGCAGCUCGCGGAUCUGACCGCGUCGUCCAAGUUCGCCGCGCCCGAGCGGGGCUUCGCGGGCACGGCGGGCGCCGGCCCGCGGAGCCGCGACAAGCCCGUCCAGUUCGAGGCGCAGAAGGAGGAGGCGGACCCCUUCGGCCUCGACGCGUUCCUCACGGACGUCAAGAACAAGCAGUAGGACGUCGUCUUAAAGGACGUGGAAGAGG